UCUCACAAAUCAUCAGUUACACAAUUCCAGCUGCAAUAACAACAGCUCAAGUCUCAACUUGCAACAUUCCAAGGAAUAUAAAAAGCACACAACUCAACAUGAACUUCUACAAGGUCUUCAUUUUUGUCGCUCUCAUCCUGGCCAUUAGCAUGGGACAAUCCGAAGCUGGCUGGCUAAAGAAGAUUGGCAAGAAAAUCGAACGCAUUGGCCAGCAUACUCGGGAUGCCACAAUCCAGACGCUGGGAAUUGCCCAGCAGGCUGCAAAUGUUGCUGCGACAGCUAGAGGCUGAGGAACGAGAUAUCUUACUAUAGUUUAUUCAUUAAUAUAUUUAUUUAAAUUAGGCAUUUUGGCACAUUAAAUACAAUAAUCAUUAUACUUAUUAGUAAGAGUUAAUUAGUAAACGCAAAACAAAUACUUAAA